AUUCAUUCCUUUGGGUCGCCUCAACAUUAAUUUGCAUCUCUUUGUGUAUAUGUUUUUUCCUAUCACAGGGCCAUUGCAUAUUGGUAAGUCAAGGGCAUUUAUGACGUCAUAAAAUAAAAGGGUGAAACACCACAAGUGACUUUCAUUCUGCUUUCAACAACAGAGAGAGAAGCCCAGAGAAAAUGAUGCUGAGAGGAUUGAUAAGUUUCAUUGUCUUAAUGAUUGUCACUGAAGGAUCAUCAGUGAAAGUUCAUCUAGGAGGAAACACAACACUCCCCUGCAGCAUUAAAGAUGAUAGAGAGAUUACGUGGAUCAUUACAAAUGGAAACCAAACAUUUGUCAGAAUUCUAAAACUAGAAUAUGGUUAUGGUCCAGAAUCUAAACCAGAGCCCUCUAAUAUUCACCCCAGUUACGCAGGUCGGAUAAGAGCUCUCAGUUCAUCCACAAACACUCACUCUCUGCUUCUGAUGAACAUCACUGACACUGAUCUCAUGCUCUACUGCUGCAUGGACUAUAAGAAUGAGCAAACUCACUGCACAAAGCUGGACUAUGAAGAGCAGCAGAAUACAGAAGAGAUAGAGGACAAAAAAGCUAUUGGUAUUGGUAAUUAUAUCAGUACACGAAUAUGGCUGCCUGGGAUCUGUGUGCUUCUAUUACUCUCACUGUUGUCAAAUGUGUGUAUGUGCUGGAGAAUAAAAAGACCAAAAAAAGAAAAUUUAAAGGAAUCAAAGACAUUAUGUAAAAGCACACAGGACGAGCAGCUAAAAAGGAAGACCAAAGGAAGGCCUGUCGAACUCUUGUCUUGUCUUGUUUGUGGAGAGGGAUGAAUUUGGCCAUCUUGUGUGUUUAUGGAGAAGACCAAAAGCUGCAAAGGCAAACAUUUCCAACGGAUUUCUCACAUACUACUCCUUCAGCUCUCCACAAUAUCAGCUCUUUCAAAAGCUUCCACAUCUCUGUCUCUCUCUGCUCUCAGUCCUUUACUACCAACUUCCAGUCUUAGCAUGUCUACAUGUAUUAAUUUUUUCUCUACAGUCAACACUCCCAUCUCUACUGUGAGCACUUCUGUCGCUAUCACUAUGACUUUUAUAAUUAUAAAAUUAUAAUUAUCAACCAUUUUAAUUUGUCUUGCAUAUAGUCACAAUAGAAGAAACAAUGAUUACAGGAGAUACAUUUUUAGCCUAUUUGUUCAUUAAAGGGAAAAAAAUAACGUCUUUUCAAUUGGAGGCUCAACUUCCAGUUUGUAAAAUAUUAUUUGGCAUCUUUAACGUUUUUCUGUAAACAAACUCUCUUUUCUUUUGAAUAUUAGACAGUUUUUUUUUUUAAGGGGUCUCCAAUUGCAUACUUUUUAGUUACAUGUUUGUUUCAUGUACCCAUUAAUUACUUUAUCAAUCAGUCAUUGAUUUAAGUUGUUAUAUUUCACUGUAAUUGAUUACGUUUUU